GGGGAGAAAACAAAGACCAACUCAGAAACCAAAGCCAAAUCCUCCCACUCAUUCUAUACAUACAUAGAGCAACACAAAGGUCUCAGGUCCAAACUACACUGACAGAAAACCUCAAGUGAGUUCAUCAACCAUGGAGAAAAUCGAGCACACAACAGUGCCCACAAACGGCAUCAACAUGCACGUAGCCUCAAUCGGGUCGGGCCCACCCAUCCUCUUCCUCCACGGCUUCCCGGAGCUCUGGUACUCGUGGCGCCACCAGCUCCUCUCCCUCUCCUCGUUGGGAUACCGCUGCAUAGCCCCGGACCUCCGCGGCUUCGGUGACACCGACGCGCCGCCGAACGCUUCGUCGUACACGGGCAUGCACAUAGUCGGAGACCUGAUCGGGCUGCUUGACCAUCUGGGUAUCGAGCAGGUGUUCCUGGUGGCGCAUGACUGGGGUGCUGUGGUUGCCUGGUGGUUCUGUUUGUUCAGGCCUGACAGGGUUAAGUGCUUGGUCAACAUGAGCGUCGCUUUCAAUCCCAGAAAUCCCAAGAAGAAGCCUGUUGAUGGGUUCAGGGCUUUGUUUGGGGAUGAUUACUACGUUUGCAGGUUUCAGGAACCUGGAGAGGCUGAAGCAUAUUUUGGUAGUAUUGAUACUCCCUCAGUAAUGAAAAAGUUUCUUACCGGUCGCAGUCCAGCACCUCCUAAAAUAUCUAAAGAUGUUGGAUUUGCAAGUUGGAAAGCUGAAGAAACCUUGCCCCCUUGGCUCUCAGAAGAAGACAUUAACUAUUUUGCCAGCAAAUUCAGCAAGACAGGAUUUACGGGUGGAUUGAACUAUUAUCGAGCUAUCGACUUAACCUGGGAGCUUAUGGCACCGUGGACUGGGGUACAAAUCAAAGUACCAGUUAAGUUCAUUGUGGGUGAUCUGGACAUCACCUAUCAUAUCCCAGGUAUCAAAGAAUAUAUUCAUAAUGGUGGCUUCAAGAGCCAGGUACCAUUUUUGCAAGAAGUUGUUAUAGUUGAAGAAGCAGGUCACUUUAUUAACCAAGAGAAGGCAGACGAAUGCAGUGCUCAUAUAUACGACUUCAUCAAGAAGUUCUGAUUUUCAUACACGGACUAGAUUCCGAUAUUUCUAGCAGCAACUUGUUGGAGAGUUCGCAGUUUAGCUGGUUGUGUAUUUGCAACUUGUUUUGUUGUGUAAUAAUAAACCUCAGCGGCUCAGCUUGUUCCAUCUUUUCAUUGUUCUGACAUGUUGUGUAAUAAUAAACGUUCCAUCUUUUCCUUGUUUUGAAAUUUGCUCGACAGUCCUCUUAUGAGUCUUAGCUAGUUAAGUUACAAUAACUAGUUUUGUUGUGAAUGUAAUAAAACCUCAACCGCUUUUGUCCCAA